ACAAAAGGCGAGGAACCAACCUAUUGUUUUUCGUUUCGCUUGUUCCUCCUGAAUCAGAACGCGUGUUGGAUGAAUAUCAUAGCCUCUGCAGUCAAAACCCUUCAAAGGUUUCUUCGAUUCAAAGCUGUACAAUUCCUCCUCAUAACCGAGAGUAGGUGAUGGCAGCGAAAAUGGAGGAAGACUUAGACCUUCAGUCACUGAAGUCUCAGCUAAAUAAAAAAAACAUCAUGUGGAAGGAGGAGAUGGAGCAAAGACAGUCUCAGGUGGAUGCCUUACAGGCAAAGCUUACAGAGGUAAAAGCUUUUGUGGACUCUGAGGAAGAUGCAAAAAAGGAACUAGAAGUUCUUUGGCGAAGGGUUAAAACUACAUCGACGCUGCUUACGUACUUGAAAUCAAAAGCAAGAAUCAUGUCUGUUCCACGUUUAGCUCAUACUUCAUGUGGGAUCAGACAUCAAGAAGGGGUAGGUCUUGUUGACAAAAAUGGUACACCAUUGUCUGACUGGUCGAAGGAUGUGGAUCUUUCUUCCUUUGAUUGCGCAGAUGAGGAAACUUGGACGGUAAUCAGUAGCAGGCAUGGAUCGGUUGAUGAACAUGAUGGAGCUUAUAUUGGUGAAAUGCUUAAGUCUGUAAGAAUGGUUACAGACAUAAUGGAAGCUCUUGUGAAGCGGGUUAUCAUGGCUGAAACUGAAACAGCAAUUCAGAAAGAAAAGGUUACUUUAGGUCAGGAAGAGAUUAAAAAGAAGGCUCUUCAAAUUGAAAGCAUGUCAGUGAAGGUAGAGGAGAUGGAAAGGUUUGCGCUAGGUACAAAUUGUAUUUUAAAUGAUAUGCGGCAAAAGGUGGAAGAUAUGGUUCAAGAAACAUCUAGACAAAGGCAACGAGCUGCAGAAAAUGAGCAGGAGCUUUUUCGUGUGAAGCAGGAUUUUGAGUCACUGAAAUCCUAUGUCAGUAGUCUUAUCAGCGUGCGGGAGACACUUCUUUCAUCAGAGAAGCAAUUUCAAACAAUUGAGAGGCUUUUUGAGAGGCUAGUUGCUAAGACCACUCACUUGGAGAGUGAGAAGAUGCGGAAAGAGGCUGAGGUGCAGAAACUUAUGGAGGAAAAUGUCAGGCUGAGUGCACUACUUGACAAGAAAGAGGCUCAGCUGCUGGCCAUGAAUGAGCAAUGCAAGGUAAUGGCUCUGAAUGCGUCAGCAUCCCGUUCCUAGAGUGAUGCUUGUGAUCUGGAUGGCUUGUGAUGGUUCUCACCCCACCCAGUCUCCCAAGUCUACCACCCUGGAUUCCAUGCUUAUGCAGGCUCCUUGUCAAAAUAUAUAUUUGGAACAUCCCUUGUGGUAUAAUUUUACCGUCUUUUCUCCAUGCAUUGGAGCACGGAUUCAUCAAUUGAGAAGCCCAUUUGCAUUUUGUGAUACAGUUGUAGAAUUUCCUAAACACAUGAUGUGUGA